AAGGAUGGUGCCAACCCUUAAAGUAUGGUAUAAAAGGUUCUGGGACUGUUGCCGAUGCUUGCAGUAUAAAGCUACAUCAUCAUCCACACGGUUCCAAAUUCAAUAGUCUGCAGAAUGCGUCCGUUGUGCGUGUUGAUCGCCAUUUUCUUACCCGUAAUUUUGCCAACUGAAGCUGCUCCGUUACCGACCAGUCCAUUUGCCUCGGACUUCGAUCCACCAAUCUCAGUAACCGACUUGGUGCUUGAUGCUAUUCCUCCGUCAUCAUCGACGGUUGCCACCAUUGUCUCGCAACAUCAACAUCUAUCCCUCAACGGCGCUUACGAAUAUGGUUACCUCAGCAGCAACGGAAUCGAAAUGGAGGAGAAGGGUGGCCAGAAAGAAAUCGAAGGGCCGGACGGAGAAAAAACGUUUGGAAUAGUCUCGAGUGGUAAAUACUCUUACAACAUCGUUGAGGACGGCAAGAUAAAAAAAAUGACAGUUGUUUGGACGGCUGAUGAAAAAGGAUUUCGCCCCGUCAUCACCAUUUCCGAUAUUUGAUUUUUUUAACAUUAUGUAAUGCGACAAAAAAUGUGUGGCAAGUUGUUUCAUUUGCCAUUCUCCGUCUUAAUUUGUUCAUUGUUCCACGCUAAAAUUCCCUUAUAAACAAUUUCUAAUCGCUAAACUUGCAGAGAUAAAAAUUUAAUAAAAGGGCUACAUCAAACAGCUUAAUAAAGAUCCUAAA